CUCCAGGAUCUGCAGCAGGACAGGUUAAUAGUGGCAACGCAUGCGUGCGCAAAGAAAACAUGGAACAGAGGAAAACUGAGAUGCUGCGCUGAAUGAGGAAGAGGAGCUCUAUGGGGCUUGACUUAAAUAAAUAAAUAAAAAAAGACAUUUUUUCCUCUGUGGUGGUUUUAAUAUCAGUCAGAACCUGUUUGCUUUCUGCUGUAGAAGCAGCAGCGCUGUGGAUUCCCUGUUUAUCGGAUUUCUCUUCCUCAGAGCUGGAAAUCACAAUGCGCAAAACCUGACGGGAUUAAACAUAUCUGCCAAAAACUGUCAGUUUCAAGAACCUGAAGAUCUGAUUUCUCUCUCUUUUUUUAUUUGCCUCCCUACAACCUGCGGUAAACUUUUCCUCUCCCCGGCUCUCCCCCCUGCUCCCUUCCCCUCUCUGGGUGACAUCUCAGCGGGAUUCCUAUGAAGCCAAGCCUCGGGUGACUGGACUGUGCGUGGAUUUUCAUCUGCUCCCAGAAGGACAUCAUGUGGACUCCCACGGAGGACGAGAAAAUCGGCGUGGUCAUCUGCAACUUCCGAGGCUCAGUGACUCAAGGUUUGGCUCUGGAGGUGGGAGAGACAGUGCAGAUCUUGGAAAAAUGUGAAGGAUGGUACAGAGGAUUCUCAACAAGGAAGCCGAAUGUCAAGGGAGUCUUUCCUGCCAGCUACAUUCACUUGAAGAAAGCAAUCGUUACCAACAGAGGGCCUCAUGAGUCUGUGGUGCCUCUGGAAGACCCAAUUGUAACAGAGGUGACAUCAACUCUUCAGGAAUGGGCUUUACUAUGGAAGCAGCUCUAUGUGAAACACAAGGUGGAUCUGUUCUACAAGGUCCGCCACGUGAUGAUGGAGCUGAUCGACCUGAGGAGGCAGCUGCUGUCCGGUCACCUCACACAGGACCAGAGCAGAGACGUCAAGAGACACAUCACCGUCAGACUCGACUGGGGCAACGAACACCUGGGUCUAGACUUGGUGCCAAGGAAGGAGUUUGAGAUGGUUGAUGAAGACCAGAUAAGUGUGUCAGACUUGUAUAAAAUGCAUCUGUCCAGCAGACACAGCGUCCAGCAGAGCUCCACUCAGGGUGAGAAUAGUCGACAGAGACAUGGAGAACCCAGCAGGGUUCCUGUUCCUCACCACCUAUUGGUCAACCUGAAGAGCUUCACCUACAACAGCAUAGGGGAAGACACAGAUAUAUUUUUCUCUCUAUACGACCUGAGGGAGGGAAAGACCAUCAGUGAGAAGUUCCUGGUGAGACUUAAUAAGAAUGGAGGACCAAAGAAUCCGGAGAAGGUGGACCGGCUGUGUGCACUGUUCACGGAUCUGAGCAACAAGGACAUGAAAAGAGAUCUCUACAUCGUCUCACAAGUUAUUCGAACAGGUCGCAUGCUGCUGAAUGACAGUAAGAAAGGCCCGCCGCACGUCCAGUACCGCAGACCGUACGGCUGCGCUGUUCUGGCCAUGAGCGACGUGCUGCAGAUCAUCUCAGAGCUCAAAGAGGAAAAAGACUUUGUUCUCAAAGUUUACACGUGUAACAAUGAGAAUGAAUGGUACCAGAUCCAUGAAAACAUCAUCCGCAAGUCAAGCACCAAAUACACCGCACCCAGCACCAACUACGGACUGAUCAUCUCCCUGCAGCUGCUAAGAGGUGACAUGGAGCAGGUCCGCAGAGAAAACCCUCUUAUUUUCAGCAGAGGUGUAGCCAUCACUCGGAAACUGGGAUUCCCAGAUGUCAUAAUGCCAGGCGACAUCCGUAAUGACCUGUACCUUAAUCUGGAGCGAGGCGACUUUGAGAGAGGAGGAAAGAGUGUUCAGAAAAACGUUGAAGUGACGAUGUAUGUCAUCUACGCAGAUGGAGAAAUACUGAAGGACUGCAUCAGUUUGGGUUCAGGUGAGCCCAACAUCCCUGAGUAUCGCUCCUUCGUCCUUUACCAUAACAACAGCCCUCGAUGGAAUGAAGUGAUCAAGCUGCCAAUUCCCAUCGAUCGUUUCAGAGGAUCCCACCUCCGCUUUGAGUUUAGACAUUGCUCAACAAAGGAUAAAGGAGAAAAGAAGCUGUAUGGCUUUGCCUUCACUCCACUGAUGAGGGAGGAUGGAACUACUUUAUCUGACGAGAGUCAUGAGCUCUAUGUCUAUAAGUGUGAUGAGAAUACAACCUUCAGUAACCAUGCCCUCUACCUGGGUCUCCCCUGCUGUAAGGACGACUUCAACAGCUGUCCCAACAUCCCCUCCAGCCUCAUCUUCCAGCGCAGCACCAAGGAGACCUUCUGGAUCUCCACGCAGCUCUCCUCCACCAAACUCACUCAGAACGUGGACCUCUUGGCCCUGCUUAAGUGGAAGGCCCAUCCUGACCGGGUCAUGGACAUCCUUGGGCGUCUUCGACACGUCAGUGGAGAAGAAAUCGUCAAGUUUCUCCAAGAUAUUCUGGACACAUUAUUCUCCAUCUUGGAUGACAACACAGACAAAUAUGGACCUCUUGUGUUCCAGUCACUGGUUUUUAUCAUAAACUUGCUGAGGGACAGUAAAUAUUACCACUUCAGGCCGGUGAUGGACACAUACAUCCAGAAACACUUUGCUGGGGCUCUGGCCUACAAAGAGCUGAUUCGCUGUCUGAAGUGGUACAUGGAUCGUUCUGCUGAGGUGGUUCGACAGGACCACAUUCAGGAAGCUAUGAGGGCUCUGGAGUAUCUGUUCAAGUUUAUCAUCCAGUCUCGCAUCCUUUACUCCCGGGCCACCUGCGGCAUGGAGGAGGAGCAGUUUCGAACCAGCAUCCAGGAACUUUUCCAGUCCAUCCGAUUCGUUCUCAGCCUGGACAGCCGCAACUCAGAGACUCUCAUCUUCACUCAGGCGGCCCUGUUAAACUCAUUCCCUGCCAUCUUUGAUGAGCUGCUGCAGAUGUUCACGGUGCAGGAGGUGGCAGAGUUUGUGCGUGGCACUUUGGGCAGCAUGCCGUCCACGGUGCACAUUGGCCAAUCAAUGGAUGUGGUGAAGCUGCAGUCCAUAGCUCGAACUGUGGACAGCAGGCUCUUCUCUUUCCCUGAGUCUCGUAGGAUUCUGCUUCCAGUGGUCCUUCAUCACAUCCAUCUUCAUCUGAGGCAACAGAAAGAACUGCUCAUCUGUUCAGGGAUACUCAGCUCCAUUUUCUCCAUCAUCAAGAGCAGCUCCCUGGACACGUCGGUGCAGGAAGAGGUGGAGAUGAUGGUGGAAUCUCUGCUGGACGUCCUCCUGCAGACACUUCUGGCCAUCAUGAGCAAGAGCCAAUCGCAGGAGGCGGGGGAGUACGUUUCCUGCCUCCUUUCCCUUCUACGCCAGAUGACCGACAUCCACUUUCAACGCUUGAUGGAAAAUUUUCAAAGCAAGGAUGAGCUCAAGGAGUUCUUGUUGAAGAUUUUGUGUGUCUUCAGAAACCUGAUGAAGCUCAGUAUUUUUCCUCGUGACUGGAACAUCAUGAGGCUGCUGACCAGCAACAUCAUCCUGACCACAGCUCAGCAGCUCGCUCCAGCUUUGCACAAGAACUUUGCUGAAACAGACUUUGACUUCAAGGUGUGGAACUCCUACUUCAGUCUGGCCGUUCUCUACAUCAACCAGCCGAGUUUACAGCUGGAGAACCUGAGUCCUGCUAAGAGGAAGAAGAUCUUAGACAAAUAUGGUGACAUGAGGGUAAUGAUGACUUAUGAACUCUUCAACAUGUGGCAGAAUUUGGGAGAGAAUAAGAUCCACUUCAUUCCCGGUAUGAUCGGACCGUUCCUCGGAGUGACGCUGGUCCCUCAGGUGGAGGUGAGAAACAUCAUGAUUCCGAUCUUCCACGACAUGAUGGACUGGGAGCAGCGCAAAAAUGGAAACUUCAAACAGGUGGAGGCUGAACUGAUCGACAAGUUGGACAGUUUGGUGUCAGAGGGAAAGGGUGAUGAGAACUACAGAGAGCUGUUUGGGUUGCUAACCCAGCUGUUUGGGCCUUAUCCCAGUCUUUUGGAGAAGAUUGAGCAGGAGACGUGGAAAGAAACAGGAAUCUCAUUUGUUACGUCGGUCACACGGUUGAUGGAGCGGCUGCUGGACUACAGGGACUGUAUGAAGGGAGAUGAGACAGAAAACAAGAAGAUUGGCUGCACAGUGAAUCUUCUUAAUUUCUACAAGUCAGAAAUCAACAAAGAGGAGAUGUACAUCCGUUAUAUCCACAAACUGUGUGACAUGCAUCUGCAGGCUGAGAACUACACUGAGGCUGCAUUCACCCUGCUGUUGUACUGGGAGCUGCUGCACUGGGACGAGCGACCAGUUAAAGAGUUCCUGCAUUAUCCUGCUCAGACUGAGUGGCACCGGAAGGAGGGUCUCUGCCGCAAAGUCAUCCACUAUUUCAACAAGGGAAAGUGUUGGGAAUAUGGGAUUCCUCUCUGUAGAGAACUGGCUUUCCAGUAUGAAUCUCUCUAUGACUACCAGAGUCUCAGCUGGAUACGGAAAAUGGAAGCAGCUUAUUAUGACAAUAUUAUGGAGCAGCAGCGUCUGGAGCCGGAGUUCUUCAGGGUGGGAUUCUAUGGCAGAAAGUUUCCUUUCUUCCUCAGAAACAAAGAGUUUGUCUGUCGUGGCCAUGACUAUGAGAGGCUAGAAGCCUUCCAGCAAAGGAUGCUGGGAGAAUUCCCACAAGCCAUUGCAAUGCAACACCCGAAUCAACCUGAUGAGGCCAUUCUGCAGUGUGAUGCACAGUACCUCCAGAUUUACGCUGUAACACCGUUUCCAGAAAGCGUCACUGUCCUUCAGAUGGACAGAGUUCCAGACCGUAUCAAGAGCUUUUAUCGAGUGAACAACGUUCGCCGAUUUCGUUAUGACCGUCCGUUCCACAAAGGACCCAAAGACAGAGAAAACGAGUUUAAGAGUCUCUGGAUAGAAAGAACGACUCUGAUCCUCACACACCCUCUGCCAGGAAUUUCCCGCUGGUUUGAGGUAGAAAAGAGAGAACUGGUGGAGGUGAGUCCGUUGGAAAACGCCAUCUCUGUGGUGGAAAACAAGAACCAAGAGCUGCGGACUCUGAUCAGUCAGUACCAACACAAGCAGCUGCACGGGAACAUCAACCUGCUCAGCAUGACGCUGAAUGGAGUCAUCGACGCUGCUGUGAACGGAGGCAUCGCUAGAUACCAGGAGGCUUUCUUUGAUAAGGAUUACAUCACCAGCCACCCGGAAGACACAGAGAAGAUCACGCAGCUCAAAGACCUCAUGCAGGAACAGGUCCACAUCUUAGGGGUCGGCUUGGCUGUGCAUGAGAAGCUGGUGCACCCAGAAAUGCGUCCGCUGCACAAGAAGCUGAUUGAUCAGUUCCAGAUGAUGAGGAGUAGCCUCUUCCAUGGCUUCUAUGUUACCUUUCAGGGUCCACCUGGUUUUGAUAAGUCAGGUUCAGGCGUCAACAGAGGAAUCCUGACCUCUCACAACCCAAUGAGCCCAGAGAGCUUCAAACUCAUGCACCGACACAGUCCCAUUGCUGUUUUGACUCCAGUGCGCAUUUCCUCCCCUUCUCUUUCCUCUAACUCCAGUGAGGCAGGAAAUCUGCUGAUUCUGGCUGAUGGCAUGGUGGUGGAGAACCCUGAGGACUUCUAUCGCAUGCAGGCGAGUCCCUCCUCCUCUAGUCUUAGCUCCACCCACUCUGCGCCUCCUCAGAUGAUAAACUCUGUCUCUUCCACAAUGAGAGUGGGCUCUCCUUCUCUGCCAGACAAGUACAGGCACAACAGAGAAAUGUUGAUGCUGCUUCCACCGCACAGAGAGAGGCCGAGCAGCGCUAUGUACUCCAACAUUACAGAGAACGGACAGCCACCAAACUUUCAGAGAGCUUUGUUUCAUCAAGUAAUCGGUCCCUGUAAGCCCUGCAGUGACCCCAACCUCUCAGUGGCUGAGAAAGUCCUCACCACUCCUAGCAGUUGGAGUUUGGACAGUGGCACCAGGGAGGCCCUGCCUUUCCUCUCCUCCCAUGUUGGCAGCGUGAUGGCUCCACCGGUUCCACCUCGGAACGUUCUUCAUGGGCAACACCUGUCGAUGCACUUUGACGCUUUCCACCACCAGGUCAGCGACCUCCCUCCAGCUCUCCCUGCGCGCUCCUUAAGAAAGUCUCCCCUGCACCCUAUACCUGCCUCGCCCACCAGUCCACAGUCCGUCCUGGAUGGCAGUAACUCCACACUCUCAGGCAGCGCCAGCUCUGGAGUCUCCUCCCUUAGUGAGAGCAACUUUGGUUGCGCCACCUCCUCCUCAGAACCCCCAGCCAGCCGCACAGACACCCUGGAGUCCGCCCCCAGCAGUCAGGCCUGGACCACCGACCAGGAAGACUUGGACUCUCCUUAUCAGCCCGUCAGGUACAGCAUGUCUGAGCCAGACGUCCUGGAGGGAGUUAAAUCUCCUCCCUGCCGCAGCAACUCUGCCCCAGGAGGAGUCAACCCGGCCCAGGUGGCCUAUCAGAUCCAGUCUCAGGCUCCAGGAUUGAGCUGCUCUGGAGCUCCACAGCCCCAACAGCAGGAUGGGCUGCAGCAGCAGCAGCACCUGUUUUACCACCACCACUUUCAUCCACACUACAUCCCCCACAAUCCUCCGCUUUAUCAUCUCCAUGAGCCCCCUCCUGCUGUGCCUCCUAAACCCUACCUCAGAGAGGGCUGCAUUCCUGAGGAGGACCCACUGAUCACGCAGUCCGGACCACAGCGCCCUCCUGUACCUCGACCAAUGCCACGCAAGAUCUCCCAGCCCAUAAUCGCAGCAACCAAGGAGGAACAAGCUAAGGUGGCGUGGGAGCACGGCAUCAGUGAGGAGUGAGGUCUGGAAAUGGCUCAGAGAAACGGAACAGGAACUGCUUGUUGAUCAGAAACAUGAGAGGGAACCAAACUGGAUCAGAAACAAUCUGAUUCUCCUCUGAGGUCCUGCAGGAACCACUGAUUGUUCAGCUGAUCUGUUUUCUCUCAGACUGUCCUGUACAGGCAGCUGACAUGUUUCAAUAUCUGAACAUUUUCCUUUCAUCUCUGGAUAAACUGAUGCAGCCUCAUUCAGCAUCCAUCAGGAUACAGAGACAUUUCCAAAUGCUGCCACUUCCCCAAAACUGUACAGAUGUUACUGAUUCGAAUUUUAUUUACAAAAAUAAUCAAACUUCAUCCUACUGAUAGGAAUUUAAAAA